AUGCGCAAGGGUCCGCUCUCCGUGGGCCGGGCGCAUCAGACACCGCUCUUCGAGGAGCUGGUGGCCAAAGGCGCCUCCGGACGCCAUGCUGUGGACAUGUUCCUCAUGACGGACGCCGUGUACUUGGCACCACAAGGGGCCAAUGUGCACCUGCUGCCGUUCACAAUGAUGGACUUCUACAAGUUCGCGGGCAACCCGUCCAAGGGGACCGACCACCCGAACCCACGGGUGAAGUUUGUUGGUGGCGUGGCCGACAUCAUAUGCGAGCUCAUCCUGCCAUGUGUGCCAUCGGUGCAAGAAGUUGCCAAGGACGCCUCGGUGCUUGUCACCUCAGCUUUAGCACGUCCGCUGGCGCUGCUGCUGGGUUCAAAGAACGGCAUCCCAGUGAGCAUCGUCCACCUGCAGCCGCUGGUGCCGACGCGCGACUUCCCGCACUAUUCACACACGGAGGCCUUCCUCGAGGCGAUCCUCUCCAAGAAGGGCGACGAUGCCAACGUCGAAACCUACACCUUGCUGGAGCGCUUCCAGCAUGAGUUCACCGAGGAGAGGCUGGCAGGCUGGUAUCGAGAGCUGGGGGUGCCCAUGAUCCGUUUCGAAGAGGACCUUCUCCCCAUGCUGCGUGGCGAGCGGAAGGAGAUACUGGUUGCGAUCGCGUGCUGCCCAGAGCUGAUACCCGCCCUGUCUGACGCAGGCCCUCACGUCCAUCAAGUCGGCGCCCUUGCAGACCGCCUCGUUCCCAUUGGCUGGGAACCUCCUGCUGGCCUGGAGGAGUUCCUGCAGGCCUCUGCAGAGCCGCCAGUGUGUGUGGGCUACGGCUCCAUGCCCUUUGACAAGGCCGUCAGGGUUGUGGAGGCGCUGAAGCGCUUGGGCGAGAGGGCGGUUUUCGUUGGCGAUGCCCUCAAGUGCGAGGACGAUGAGUGGAUCUCUGCCAACAUCUUCCAGGUCUCGUCGGUCCCCUACCCUUGGCUCUUACCGCGAUGCAGCAUGAUGCUCAGCCAUGGCGGGGCGGGUGUCGUGAACUCGACGCUACGUGCCGGCAUCCCACCUGUAAUCUCACCCCUGUUGGGGGAUCAGUUCUUCCACGCAGCUUUGCUGGAGCAGCGUGGCAUCGGCGCGCAAGCAGCAGAGCUGAAAACCCUCACGGCAGACGAUGUGGCAUCCGGCAUCCAGAAGGCGAAAGCCUGCAAAGCUGCAGCGCGCGAGGUCGGGGAGGCGUUGAGGGCCCAAAGCUACGGCCCAGAGGUUUUGGUGAAACUCCUGGCCACCGCCACGUCGUGA